CGGCUUCGUACGCGUCUUGAUCAUAAGUAUGUCACGUACGAAAGCUCUGCCAUCAGGAACCUCCAGAAUAGACGCUGGUAUGGCUAUACGUACGGCAUGUCGGCGCGCCUGUACUUGGUUGCAAUCAGCACUGGCUAUGUCACCUGCCCCAUCGUCCUCUUGGAGGACCUGGGUUGACCUUCUCUUUUCUUGCAUUUUCUUGCAUCUGGGUCCUCUCUUGCCCACUCUAGAAUGCAGUCUCGACCUGCCAUCUCGCCAAGCUCAUCGUGGAGAUCCGGGCUUGGGCACUUGCAGGACUCACAUGCCGAGCCGGGCGACGUGCUCCGUAGAACACUCGUGAAGCUCGCUCAUCUCGACCUGACGCGACACGUCAAGUAUGACAGUGCGGUCAUGAAGGCACAUGGAGGAUAUUGUGAUGUCUUCGUCGGAACUGCAAAUAUCCCAGUCAGCGAGAAAGACAGAGAUUUCGUUCCUGCUGCGGGUUCAGCAGAGCAACGACAUCUCGUCAAAGUCGCUAUCAAGAGGCUCCGAGUUCACAUUCAAACUGAACGGGUAUUUGCGAGGCGACUGGCAAAAGAACUUGCGAUCUGGUCGAAGCUAGAUCAUACGAACAUUCUUCCGCUUCUUGGCUACGUCAUGGAAGGUGAUUAUCCUUCCGUUGUCUCCGAAUGGAUCGAGAAUGGAACGGUUGGAACGUACCUGAAGGCAAAUCCCAACGCGGAUCCGGUACCUUUGAUAGUCGGAAUAGCAAAUGGUCUCAAUUAUCUACAUAGAAAUGAUAUCGUUCAUUCUGAUGUCAAGGCGGAUAAUGUCCUGGUAGACCAUACCGGCAAGCCGCUAAUCUGCGAUUUUGGGAUCUCACGUGUACUUUCCUCAGCACUGAGCAUCACCGGAACGAGCACAGGUGGAUUAAGGGGUUCCAUCCGAUGGAUGGCCCGUGAACUCCUCGAUGUCCCAGGCGACAUUCGUCAUACCAAAGAAACCGAUGUCUGGGCUUUCGGGAUGACAGUAUACGAAAUAUUGACUGGAGAGUUUCCUUUCGCUCAUCUGAAGUUGGACGUUUUCGUUGUACUUGCUGUCAUGCGCGGUGAAUUGCCAGUACGUCCACCCGCUUUUGUGGAAUGGUCAGAGACUCUUCAGUCGAUCUGGAGUGUUUGCGAAAAGUGUUGGGUUUCUUCUCCGGGGAAUCGUGUCACUAUGGAGAAUAUUGUCGUUAUGCUAAAAGAGAAUGUUGUGGAGUCCGACUCCGAUACAGUUGUCGAAGCCGAACGUGCAGAAAUUCUACCCAGAGAAACGGUUACAGAAAGUCAGAAAAUCACAAGGAUUCGUCCAUCCGGCAUCUCACUCGCGAGAGAAAAGAUGAUGAUGCAACAACCAUUCAGAUUAUCAGGCAGUCCUCCAUUCAAACCAGAGCCAAUUGAUUUGACUCGAACGUCAUCUGCUCCACGACUUUCAUCUUGUUCAUCUUCGCCCCUAUCUGGGCCGUGUUCUUAUAACUCAUAUUAUACCGCACCUAGUACGACUCCGGUUUAGUCUGGAUGCUUUCAAUUUUCUGUUCGUUGUGCUGUUGUAAUGCUCUCCUCAAGCUGUCAGUUUUAUAGUUCUGCGUUCGGGUAUUAUCUUUUCCCCGGUCGGUUUUAUGGAUUUCGGAGCCAGUUGUAUUAUAGUACAGUAAAAGUAAAUGAUAU